AGCACAAACCCGCUCAUCCGGUUCCUGCAGCUGAAGCGGUACCAGUACGAGGUGACGUUCAGUCUGUACAUGCUCACGCCGCUGGAGAAGAUCAUAUUUAAUACGUUCGUCUUCAUCGCGCUGUCGCUGCUGAUUAUUGCCAUGAGCUUUUAUCUGCCGCAUCAUAUCGCCAUUGUGGCUAGUAGGGCGUGGUGGUACUAUGCUGGUGAUGAG